AUGGUGCUUAGGAACAUGCACUACAUAUCAUCAGCAUUUUAUUAUAUCCAGAAUGGAAGGAAGAGCUUUUAUCAUAAUGUGCAUUUUAAUCAUCAGUUGGCAAACUACUACAGGACCUACCAUGACAACAGCACAGACGACAGUUCCAGCCCACACUUCCGCGGCCCUGACUUCGAAGGCCGCAGGACCUGCCACGACACCGGAACGGACGACAGUUCCAGCCCACACUUCCGCGGCCCUCACUUCCAAGGCCGCAGGACCUGCCACGACACCGGAACGGACGACAGUUCCAGCCCAAACUUCCGCGGCCCUCACUUCCAAGGCCGCAGGACCUGCCACGACACCGGAACGGACGACAGUUCCAGCCCAAACUUCCGCGGCCCUGACUUCGAAGGCCGCAGGACCUGCCACAACACCGGAACGGACGACAGUUCCAGCCCAAACUUCCGCUGCCCUGACUUCGAAGGCCACAGAACCUGCGACGACACCGGAACGGACGACAGUUCCAGCCCAAACUUCCGCGGCCCUCACUUCCAAGGCCACAGGACCUGCGACGACACCGGAACGGACGACAGUUCCAGCAAAAACUUCCGCUGCCCUCACUUCCAAGGCUACAGGACCUGUAACGACACCCGAACGGACGACAGUUCCAGCCCAAACUUCCGCUCCUCUGACUUCGAAGGCCGCAGGACCUGCCACGACACCGGAACGGACGACAGUUCCAGCCCAAACUUCCGCUGCCCUGACUUCGAAGGCCGCAGGACCUGCCACGACACCGGAACGGACGACAGUUCCAGCCCAAACUUCCGCGGCCCUGACUUCGAAGGCCGCAGGACCUGCCACGACACCGGAACAGACUACAGUUCCAGCCCAAACUUCCGCUCCCCUGACUUCGAAGGCCGCAGGACCUGCCACGACACCGGAACGUACGACAGUACCAGCCCAAACUUCCGUGGCCCUGACUUCGAAGGCCGCAGGACCUUCCACGACACCGGAACGGACGACAGUUCCAGCCCAAACUUCCGCUGCCCUGACUUCGAAGGCCGCAGGACCUACCACGACACCGGAACAGACGACAGUUCCAGCCCAAACUUCCGCUCCACUGACUUCGAAGGCCGCAGGACCUACCACAACACCGGAACGGACGACAGUUCCAGCCCAAACUUCCGCUCCACUGACUUCGAAGGCCGCAGGACCUACCACGACACCGGAACAGACGACAGUUCCAGCCCAAACUUCCGCUCCACUGACUUCGAAGGCCGCAGGACCUACCACAACACCGGAACGGACGACAGUUCCAGCCCAAACUUCCGCUCCACUGACUUCGAAGGCCGCAGGACCUACCACGACACCGGAACGGACGACAGUUCCAGCCCAAACUUCCGCUCCACUGACUUCGAAGGCCGCAGGACCUACCAUGCCACGGGAACAGACGACAGUUCCAGCCCAAACUUCCGCUCCACUGACUUCGAAGGCCGCAGGACCUGCCACGACACCGGAACGGACAACAGUUCCAGCCCAAACUUCCGCUCCACUGACUUCGAAGGCCGCAGGACCUACCACGACACCGGAACAGACGACAGUUCCAGCCCAAACUUCCGCUCCACUGACUUCGAAGGCCGCAGGACCUGCCACGACACCGGAACGGACGACAGUUCCAGCCCAAACUUCCGCUCCACUGACUUCGAAGGCCGCAGGACCUACCACGACACCGGAACAGACGACAGUUCCAGCCCAAACUUCCGCUCCACUGACUUCGAAGGCCGCAGGACCUACCACGACACCGGAACGGACGACAGUUCCAGCCCAAACUUCCGCUCCACUGACUUCGAAGGCCGCAGGACCUGCCACGACACCGGAACGGACGACAGUUCCAGCCCAAACUUCCGCUCCACUGACUUCGAAGGCCGCAGGACCUACCACGACACCGGAACAGACGACAGUUCCAGCCCAAACUUCCGCUCCACUGACUUCGAAGGCCGCAGGACCUACCACGACACCGGAACAGACGACAGUUCCAGCCCAAACUUCCGCUCCACUGACUUCGAAGGCCGCAGGACCUACCACGACACCGGAACAGACGACAGUUCCAGCCCAAACUUCCGCUCCACUGACUUCGAAGGCCGCAGGACCUGCCACGACACUGGAACAGACGACAGUUCCAGCCCAAACUUCCGCACCACUGACUUCGAAGGCCGCAGGACCUACCACGACACCGGAACAGACGACAGUUCCAGCCCAAACUUCCGCUCCACUGACUUCGAAGGCCGCAGGACCUGCCACGACACCGGAACGGACGACAGUUCCAGCCCAAACUUCCGCGGCCCUCACUUCCAAGGCCACAGGACCUGCGACGACACCGGAACGGACGACAGUUCCAGCCCAAACUUCCGCGGCCCUCACUUCCAAGGCCGCAGGACCUGCCACGACACCGGAACUGACGACAGUUCUAGCCCAAACUUCCGCGGCCCUCACUUCCAAGGCCACAGGACCUGCCAAAACACCGGAAUGGACGACAGUUCCAGCCCAAACUUCCGCGGCCCUCACUUCCAAGGCCGCAGAACCUGCGACGACACCGGAACGGACGACAGACCUGCCACGACACCGGAACGGACGACAGUUCCAGCCCAAACUUCCGCGGCCCUCACUUCCAAGGCCGCAGGACCUGCCACGACACCGGAACGGACGACAGUUCCAGCCCACACUUCCGCGGCCCUCACUUCGAAGACCGCAGGACCUGCCACGACACCGGAACGGAUGACAGUUCCAGCCCACACUUCCGCGGCCCUCACUUCCAAGACCGCAGGACCUGCCACGACUCCGGAAAGGAUGACAGUUCCAGCCCACACUUCCGCUGCCCUGACUUCGAAGGCCGCAGGACCUGCCACAACACCGGAACGGACGACAGUUCCAGCCCACACUUCCGCGGCCCUCACUUCGAAGGCCGCAGGACCUGCCACGACACCGGAACGGAUGACAGUUCCAGCCCACACUUCCGCGGCCCUCACUUCCAAGGCCGCAGGACCUGCCACGAAACCGGAACGGACGACAGUUCCAGCCCACACUUCCGCGGCCCUCACUACCAAGGCCGCAGGACCUGCCACGACACCAGAACGGACGACAGUUCCAGCCCACACUUCCGCGCCCCUCACUUCCAAGGCUGCAGGACACACUACAGCUAAAGUACCUACUAGUCCUGCAACAGUAGCUAAAGUACUGACAAAACUUGUGUUUAGCUCCUCUGACACAUUUACAAACGACCUCCUUGAUAAAAGCUCUCCUGGCUUUAAAGCAAGAGAAAAGCUUGUGAAGGAUAAGCUGGAACCAAUCUACAGCCAAAAGUAUCCUGCCUUCAUGAGUCUGACUGUCGAGAACUUCAGUGCUGGGUCAAUUAUCACUUCAACAGAACUAACUUUCAACUACACAAAAGGGCUCCCAACAACUGAAGACAUUAAAAAUGAUCUUGUGAAAGCAGUGGAAACAGGAGUUGUAAAUCAACUGAAAAUAACUCCCAACUCAAUUGUUGUCAACAAUACAGGUAUAACAACAGCAACGACAACUCGCAGAACAGCCAUUACCGCCGCAUCAACUAAAGUACUUACAACUACUCCUGCAGCAGCAGCUGUGGUACUGACAAAUCUUGUGUUUAGCUCCUCUGACACAUUUACAAACGACCUCCUUAAUAAAACCUCUCCUGGCUUCAAGACAAGAGAAAAGCUUGUGAAGGAUGAGCUUGAACCAAUCUACAAAAAAACGUAUCCUGCCUUCAUGAAACUGAAUGUCGAGAGUUUUAGGGCUGGGUCAGUUGUUACUUCAACACAACUAACUUUCAACUACACACAAGGGCUCCCAACCACUGAAGACAUUAAAAAUGUUCUUGUGAAAGCAGUGGAAACAGGAGGUGUCAAUCAACUGAACAUAAUUCCCAACUCAGUUACUGUCAACAAUACAGUUACAGCUACGACUGUAGCAAACACUGCAAGUGCACCCAAGAUUGAAUCCAGUCUUCUACAAGCAACAUUCCUCCUCAUUACAUCAACAGUAUUAAGACUUUUCCUGUAGAUUUAGUAAAUAUGCUUUAAUAAAUUAAACAAACAUUUUAAUUUUAACAAGUUUAAUUGCUAUUUAUAUUGUAUUUACUGUUGUAGCACACUCUCAAAGUAUGUUUUAUGACAAUAUACCUAUGCCUGCUUUUGCACUAUAACUUAAGAAAGAAAUUCCUGAAGUAAAAAACUAAAUAAUUUAACAGCAGGCUGUUGGAAUAAUACAAGAUUUCUUGGAUUUGGGGCUUUCCUUUGGAAAGAAAAAGUGGAUCUUUUUCCUCAGUAAUGUAGAUUUUCUUAUGAAAGCAGUUGUUUGUCCGUUCGUUCAACUGUCAGAAGAUAAUAUACUUUUUGUUUUUGUUCUGUCUAGUAUGUGCUUACGUUGCAAGAUUUAUAUUUUACUUUAAUUCGAUAAAGAUCAAGUUUGUGUGUUCUUUACUUAUGUGCUAAAUAUGUUGUAAUAAAGCAAAAGCAGACUAAGGUGUUAUCACUGCAUCUAAAGUAAAUCACCAUCAGCGUAGUAUUUAUCUGAUUAUGCAAUCAAAUUCAGUGGUGCUAUUGCAUUGCAAUCAGAUUUUGAAAAUUCUGCAAUCAAAUUUUGCAGAUUGUUGAGCUCAUACAAAGGGUUUUGGAUGUAUAGUUACU